AUGGCUUCCCGCCGACUUGAGGUGUUGCAAGGGCAUCUUUGCGCUUCCGUGAGCCAUGCGGAACUUGGUGUUUCCGCCAGCUGGACCUCAUCGCAAGCCGGAGGCGUUUGGGGUGCUGUUAGUCAAGCUCCAGAAGACCCUAUCCUUGGUGUAACCGUGGCCUUUCAAAAGGAUCCGAGCCCGCUAAAGGUCAACCUUGGGGUUGGAGCUUACCGCACUGAGGAGGGAAAGCCGUUGGUGCUUGAUGUUGUGCAUCGUGCAGAGCUGAUGACGCUUGCGGACAGGUCACUGAAUCACGAAUACCUUCCUAUUGCUGGACUUCCAGCAUUCAACAGACUGACAGCAAAGCUCAUUCUUGGUGCCAACAGUCGCGCCAUCGCGGAAAGUAGGGUUGCCACGGUUCAGUGCCUUUCUGGGACGGGAUCACUACGAGUAGGAGCGGAGUUUAUCAAGUCUCACUACCCGUUUAACAAAUGCAUUUACCUUCCUUCACCGACUUGGGGAAACCACAACAAGAUCUUCCCUUCUGGUGGAGUGGCUGUCGAACCUUACCGAUAUUAUCAUAAGGGGACUCGAGGACUUGAUUUUGAAGGAAUGUGUCAGGAUCUUAGUUCUGCUCCUGAUCGUAGCAUCGUUCUCCUCCACGCAUGUGCGCACAACCCCACUGGAGUGGACCCCACCAAGGAGCAGUGGGAUAUGAUUCGCAAGGUUAUUCGAGCAAAAGGACACUUGCCCUUUUUUGACAGUGCCUAUCAGGGGUUCGCAAGUGGAAGCCUGGACGAAGACGCUCAUGCUGUCAGGCUUUUUGUGGACGAUGGCGGAGAAUGCAUGAUCGCUCAAAGCUAUGCCAAAAACCUCGGACUCUAUGGUGAACGCAUUGGUGCAUUGAGCAUGGUUUGUGCAUGUCCGAAGGCUGCGUCGAAGGUUGAGAGUCAGCUCAAGAUGGUUAUAAGGCCGAUGUAUUCCAGCCCUCCAGCCCAUGGAGCUCGCAUUGUUGCAGCUGUUCUUUCUGACAAGGACUUGUUCAACGAGUGGACCCUCGAGCUUAAAGGAAUGGCAGACCGGAUUAUCAGCAUGAGGCAGCAAUUGUAUGCAGCACUCCAGCAGAGAGGAACUCCUGGUGACUGGACUCACAUUCUGAAGCAGAUUGGGAUGUUCACGUUUACAGGCCUAUCAAAAGAGCAGGUUGCCUUCAUGACUCGGGAGUACCACAUCUACAUGACCUCUGAUGGGCGUAUCAGCAUGGCUGGUCUCAGCUCAAAGACUUUCGCGUCGCCACGCUAUCUCUCCCCUCCCCUCCCAUCGCCUUUCCUCUCCGGUUGCCUUUCCUCUCCGGUUGCCUUUCCUCUCCCGUUGCCCUUCCUCCGUCGCUUUCCUCUCCCUUCGCCUCUCCUCUCCCGUUGCCCUUCCUCCGUCGCUUUCCUCUCCCUUCGCCUUUCCUCUCCCGUUGCCCUUCCUCUCUCCCGUCGCCCUUCCUCUCUCCUGUCGCCUAUUCUCUCUCCUGCCGCCCUUCCUUCCUCCCGUCGCCCUUCCUCUCUCCCGUCACCCUUUCUUUCUCCCGUCUCCUAUCCUCUCUCCCGUCACCCGUCUUCUCUCCCGUCGCCCCUCCCCUCCCGUCUUCCUCUCUUCCGUCGCCCUUCAUCUCUCCCGCCCCAUCACCCACCUCGGCGUCUUCGCGCUCGCCCCGAAAUGCCUGCCCGUCGCCCCGUGAUCGUCGGCCCCUCUCGCUUUUCCCUCGCAGCGUUACUCUCCCCGUCACAUAUGCCCUCGCUUUUUUCGUCGCCCCUCGCGGCACCCUCGUCGUCGCCUUCCCAUCACCCUCGUUGCCUUCUCUCUCCCCCCAUCACCCUUUUUCUCUCGGUUCGUAUCACCCCUCUUAUCACCCUCACACUCUUCCCUCACAUCGUCCGUCACCAUCGCGUCACCCUUUCUCUCUCCCCUCACAUCACCCUCCUUGUCGCCGCCGCCCUCCCUCUCGUUCUCCCUCUCGUUCUUCCCGUCGCCCUAGAUGCAGCCGUCGCAAUUUCCUCUCCCACCCACCAUCACCCACCCCAUCGCAUUCCCGCUCGCCACAAAAUGCCUUCCCGUCACCUACCCACUUUCUCCUCCCAUCGCUUGCCUCGUCGCCUUCGCGCUCGCACUCAACCCCCUCCCGUCGCCCUUCCUCUCUCCCUUCCCAUCACCGACCUCGUCGCCCUCAUGCUCGCUCCGAAAUGCCUUCCCAUCGCCUUUCGUCUCUUCUCCCCAAUCAUUAGUCUCUGA